UGCAACUCGGCGAGAACUUUUGCACAUCUUUAGUUUUACGGUUCACUUUGUUCCUUUAUACCCUAGCCUAGCCGGCUUUUGGUUUAGUUUAGCGCGUCGUUUUUGGAUGUAAUGGAAGAUAGUGACACUUGUCCUUUCUCCCUCGAAGAAGCAAAGUCCUCCUUUCUUCGCACUCUAUCAAAACUUGACCCAAAAGAUUCUGAAGGUUUUGUUGAAUGGGUUACGGAACAUUGUUCCAAUGCAUAUACCUGUAAACAAAGUGGAGAAAAUAUUGAUUACACUUUUAAAUGGGCUGAGAAAAGGUUAAAAAAUAUUACAAAGGACAUAAAAAGGAUAAUUCCACUUCAAGGAGUCCUGGAGACAGAAAAAAUCAGACACCCGGAAGAAGGAAAGGGCCUGGCAUGUGAACGUUCAACCACAGUCCAUGUAGACUCAUUCCUGUAUAAUGAUGAAGACAUCGAUAAACUUUGCGAUGAAGGGAGAAUGAGCCGUAACUACUGUAAACAAUGUGGAUCUCACAACACAGCCCCAUUAACUUUCAUCUCCCAUUCAUCAUCACUUGUGCAGUUAAAAUUCAUUUUUCAAGCAGCCCUCUCUUCCAUCGCAACAAAUUUUGCAGACAAGUUGUUAGUGGAUGUUGGCUCCAGACUGGGUGCUGUUCUCUAUGGGGCAUAUCACUUCAGUCCAAUAAAGAAGAUUGUUGGAGUUGAAAUAAACUCAGAGCUGUGUGAUUUACAACAGAAAAUAACAGAAAAGUAUAGAAUGCAUGAUCGUGUUGAGUUAUUUCUAAAAUUUCAAAAUAAUUUUUUUGCAGCUGACAUUGUGGUUCUCAACAAUGUGUUUGAGUUCUUUUUAUCAAUGAAUCAGCAAAUAAGAACUUGGAAAUUCAUCCGAGAGCAUGUGACUAAACCUGGAUGUAUUUUAGUCACUGUUCCAAGUCUUGAAGAAGCCACAGAGUUCAACAACAAGCCAUGUAUAGAUGUCAACAGUUGGGUAAAGCCAUGCAUAGUUAACUAUGAUGUACUAGAAAUUCCUCUUUUAGAAGAAGACUUGGAUGAAUUACAGAACAUUUUCUUUUAUCAAGUGAAAUGAAAAAAAAAUUGUCUGAUUUACUGGUACCUGUUGAUAAUAGGAGUCCUACUACCCUCAUGGUUAGUAUGCUGGACUCAGAGUUGAGAGGUCUGGGUUUCAGACCUGGUUGGGACAUUGUGUUGUGUUCUCUGGCAGAACAAUUUACUCCCUGUCCUUGUCCAUCCAGUACUAUAAACAGGCACUAGUGAGUGGUCAAGGGAACCUGAUGAAAUGCUGAGGGGUAGCCUUGUAAUUGACUGGCAUCUCAUCCAGGGGGGAGUGGUAAUACUCCUAGUCACUUCAUGUAGAGGGAACCAGGAUAAGCUAUAGCUGGAUAGGCCACUUGGCCUUAGUGCAGACUUUCACUAUUGAAGUUAUUGUUAUUAUUUAAAUAACAAAAUCCAGCUUAUAAGUUGACUCUUUCCAUUCACAAUUAUUGUGCAAGUCAUUUGAGUCACAUUUAUAAUAACUGUUAACUGUCCAAGCAAGAGGAAAUGCAAUGGGGAAUAUUUUGUGUCAAAGGAUCUUGAAAACUUUGAAACUUGAGGAUUUGGAGAACAAGUUUUAAUUUUUCUUUUUCAUUGGUUAAACUGCAUUUUAUCAAAUUUGUAAUGAGUAAUUAAUAAGCACUUCAUGACUGGCCCCAAAAGAAAAAUUAAUUUUUUUCCCCUGAGACCCUCAAGGUUGCAUAAGGUGUUUCACUUUGCCUGAGUGAAUUUAUUUUAUUUUGCAUUGUUAUAUCUAUGAAUUGGUUAAUCUCUUUCUCAUAAGUUCAACAGCCUGUAUACAAAAGAUAAAUGCAACAUUAUUUUUUUAUUAUUAUUUGGAUCUUGUGUUUCAUGAAGUCUACAGUAAACACUGAACAGUCUAUGCAGUUAAGUUACAGAAAUUUUUGUUUCUUUAGUUACACUUAGACUUGCUUGGAACAUGAAUGAUGUCUGACUUUGUAAGGUAUGGCAUAUGUACAGCAAAGAACAUUAAUUCAUAACAGAUAUGAUAAGUAAACACUUUGUAUAGCCUAACAAAAUUCCAGAUGUCUAAAAUUUCAUUUGCCACACAUAAGACAUGUACCUCCUAGCAAGGUAAUAAGUUAGUGCAGUAGGAUUUGUAAUAUCCUAAUGGGAACACAAAUACUUGAUUAAAAACACUCCAGAAUCA